CCCUAUCUCUGUCUCUCUCUCCAACAAUCGCAACUCUCUCUCUCUCUCUCUCUCUCUCUCACACUCUCGCUUUCUGUGCAAAAUGGAGCCAUGGCUAGACGACUUCACCGACGACCUUCAAAGCCUAAGCUUCACCUCCACAGCCACCACAAACACCACCGCCGACAUCAACCGAAGCACGAGCUCCGGCUCCGAAGCCACACUCACGGCUUCCUUCGGCUCACUCGGCUCCACCUCGACCACCAAACACCACGCGCCUUCCUCCGACCCUUGCUGGUCCGCUAUCAACCGGAUCCGCUCCGAGCUCCAGACCCGCCAACUCUCCCUCUCAGACCUCCGCUUCGUCGCCCGACUCGGCUCCGGCGACAUCGGCUCCGUCCACCUCACCGAACUGAAAACAACCGAAACGAACUGUUGCCUCUUCGCGGCGAAAGUGAUGGACAAGAAGCAACUGGCGAGCCGAAGCAAAGAAGGUCGCGCGAGGACCGAGAGGGAAAUUCUGCAAAUGCUGGACCAUCCUUUCUUGCCCACGCUCUACGCGAGCAUCGACGCGCCGAAGUGGCUCUGCCUGCUGACGGAGUUCUGCCCCGGCGGCGACCUCCACGUCCACCGUCAACGCCAACCGUCUAAACGCUUCGCCGAAUCCGCAGUCAGAUUCUAUGCGUCAGAGGUGGUGGUAGCUCUAGAGUACCUUCACAUGAUGGGGAUUGUAUACCGAGAUCUAAAGCCAGAAAAUGUGUUGAUUCGAUCCGACGGCCACAUCAUGCUUACCGACUUUGAUCUAUCAUUAAAGUGUGACAGCUCUACAUCAACGGCUCAGAUAAUUUCUGAUCAAAACCCACCAAUCGUGGCCCCACAAAAGGACUACUACCCAAUGGAUCCACCUCCAUUCACUUCGUCUUCAUGCAUUAUUCCCAAUUGUAUAGUCCCCGCUGUAUCGUGCUUCCACCCCAAACGCAAAAAGAAGAAGAAAUUGGGCCAUCGAGGUGGGCCUGAGUUUGUGGCCGAGCCCAUUGAUAUUCGGUCCAUGUCUUUCGUUGGGACCCACGAGUAUUUGGCUCCGGAGAUUGUGUCUGGUGAGGGGCAUGGUAGUGCUGUGGAUUGGUGGACACUAGGGAUAUUUAUAUUUGAACUAUUUUAUGGGGUCACGCCCUUUAGGGGCGUGGACAACGAGUUAACCUUAGCUAAUAUCGUGGCUCGUGCCCUCGAGUUCCCAAAAGAACCUGCCUUGCCCGCCACGGCUAAGGACCUCAUAUCACAACUAUUGGUUAAAGACCCGGCAAGGCGACUAGGGUGCACAAUGGGUGCCUCAGCCAUCAAGCACCACCCAUUUUUCCAAGGGGUCAAUUGGGCAUUGUUAAGAUGUACACCCCCACCUUAUAUCCCUCCCCCAUUUAGUAAAGAAGUUCUGUCACAUGAAACUUGUUGUCCUGAGACUUCAGUGGAAUAUUAUUAAGAAGAAAAAAAAGAUCUAAUAAUACAAAGUACAGCUAAUGACUUGAUUGGUCGAA